AUGGCACAGGCUGCAUCCUGGAGCAGCAAGAAGAACGCUGGGGUCUGCAGCGACGCACUCCUGACUGAGGCCGCCCCACAGUUGUGGCCCACGACUUCCCAGGUGGGUCUGGCUCUGCAGGGCCAGGGGCGGGCUGGCGCCAAGGCUCUCCCUCCCGAGAGGAAGACAGGACGUGCGGUGGGAGCCGGGCUGCGGAACGUCGGGAACAGCUGCUACGUGAACGCUGCCCUGCAGUGUCUGACCUACACUCCGGCCCUGGCCAGCUGGGCAGCGUCCGGACUUCAUCGUGGCACCCACGGCCAGCGGCCCUGCUGCAGGGCAUGCGGGGUGCGGAAGCACAUCAGCCGGGCCCUGCGGAGCCCCGGGGAGGUCCUCACACCGUGCCCAUCGCUGCUGGCCGGAUUCCACAGGCAGCGACAGGAAGACGCGCACGAAUUCCUCAUGUCCACGCUGGAUGCCAUGCAGCAAGGCUGCCCACAGGGCGGCGGGAAGAGGCCAGCCGACAUCGCGGGCAUCUUUGGAGGCCGCUGGCGGUCCCAGGUGCAGUGUCUGCGCUGCCUGGCCAUCUCCGACACCUUUGAGCCUUACCUGGACGUGGCGCUGGACGUGGGAGCGGCUCCGAGCGUGGCCCAAGCCCUGCGAGACUUGGUGAAACCCGAGCGACUGGAGGGGCCUGACGCCUACCUGUGCGGCAGCUGCGGCCAGAAGAUGCCCGCCACCAAGACGCUGACCCUGCACGCGGCCUCGCGGGUCCUGAUGCUGGUGCUGAAGAGGUUCUGCCAGGACGGCGGUGCCAAGCUGGCUGGCCACGUGAGCUUCCCCGAGUGCCUGGACAUGGGAGGCUGCACGUCGGAGCCCCACGAGGGGCAUCUCAUCUACCUGCUCUACGCCGUCCUGGUGCACACCGGCUGGACCUCUCACGGUGGCCACUACCUGUGCUACGUCAGAGCGGCAGAUUGCCAGUGGUACCAGAUGGACGACGCCAAGGUCAGUGCCUGCGACGUUUCCCACGUCCUCAGCCAGCAGGCCUAUGUCCUGUUCUACACGCAGAAGGCCGAGUGGGACAGAGGCGGUGGCCAUGGGCACUGGGCCGGGCCGGAGGGGCCAGGCUGCGUGUCUUCAGCGAUCCCCGGGGACCUGCUGGGCCACCCUGCCUGCGAACUCGAGCCCUCGGUGUUUGGGCACCCCGAGCUUUGCGAGGACUCUCCUGGCAUCAGCCUGGACUGCUGGAGGCGGCUCCAGGAGCAGAGCCGUCCCAAGCCGCCGCCCAACCUCAGGAAGACGGACGCCACCCUGCCCGCCAACGCCGUGAUCAUCCACGGCUCCAGACACGGGCAUGGGGCGCCCCGGGAGCAGCCUGCACCCCCGAAAGCUGCCCCAGAAACGUGUGCCACGGCCGCCAAGAGGAAGGGCAGGAAAGGCCAGAAAAGCCAGCGGGUCCUGCACAGCCUUCAGCUGCCACGGGGGCCCCGUCUCUGA